CCAAGCCAUCCCCCCUUACCUUUGACCCGUUUGCCUGAGCCUGGUGCUCGAUUUUGUUUGGCUUUCUUCGAGGCGCUCAUUGUUCUUUCGUUUCUUUAUCCCUUCAUUUGAGCUCCUCUCGUUUCUUCUCCCAGUCCUUGUGUUAUUUGACCAAUCCCAUCAUGGUUCAGAUUUCGAGCUUCUUCAUUGCAUCUGCGUUAGCCACAGGAAUAUCAGCACUUCCUGUGAACACGUUUAUCUCCCAAACUAUCUCGGACUCAACCACAAAGUGGGUCGCAGCUUGCCAAGCGGCAGGAGGAAGCGACCAAUGUCAGACAAUUGCACAGACUGCUUUCACGACCCUCCUUGCCGCGGGAAGCAACUGCGACCAGCAGAACGCGGCCGAUUCGAUGAUCUCAUUGGCAAAGACACUGAAGAACAGCACGGAAAUGAUUACGCUGGCUCAAAUCUUUGCACAACAACCCCGUAACGCCCCUGAUAGCCUUCAAGUCCCUUACUGUCAGACCGCCCCCAACAAUACGGAACUCAACGGCUUCUUCCACUGCCAGUUCAAUAGCUCUGACUUCACCAAGUUCAGCGGCGAUCAGACUGGGAACACCCCUCUCGGCCUAUCCGCUGUCGACCCAGCCGGAUCUUGCCCUGCAAACCCGAGUGGGCCGGUCGACGAUGGUGUCCAGUUGAACACAUUGGUCUCAUCCCCAGGGACGCCUAUAACGUCGAACGCGAACGCAACUUCGUCCGGCAAUGCCACUGCUUCAGCAUCGUCAGCCAAUAGUACUGCGACGGCUGCUGCGUCCGCUUCGAGCAAUAGUACGGCCAAGGCGACCAGCGCCGCUGCGAAGUCAUCUUCGGCUGCUGCCUCCAGCUCAACAUCAGCUAUUGCUAUUGCAAGGAGAGCAUCGUCUGUAACGAUAUCAGGAUCGGACACUGCGACUGCCACCGUCGCUACCUCUUCUGCCGCCUCUGCCUCUGCCUCUGCCUCUGCUACCGCCUCUGACUCAUCCGCGGCCAAUGCGACUUCGACUUCGGCUGCGACUGGUACAUCCUCAAACAGUACUAGCAGCGCCACGAGCGCGGCCGCGUCCUCCUCCAGUACCUCUACUGCUUCGUCCUCUAACAGCACCGACACCUCUGCCACGAGCGCAGCUGCUACCAGCACAAGCACUAGCUCCUCGAGUUCUAACAGUACGUCAACGACUACUUCCAGCGCCAGCUCUUCUUCUAGUACGAGUACAAGUUCGGGGAAUAGCACGACUGGUGCCGGAAGUCUAGCCAACGGUGAAGCCGCUCAGAAGCUUAACAAACAGUUUGCCUCGAUCGAUGCCUCCGCCAACUCGACGUGCAGUACCGAUGGAGAGGUGUCGUGUGCAGGUGCCUCGUUCGCUGAGUGCGCUAACGGUGCCUUGGUCACGACCGCGUGCGGGAGUGGGACAUCGUGCUUUGCGCUUCCUUUGACGUCUGGAGAUGGAACGACCGUCGCCUGCACGACUCAGACGGAUGCUCAAGACCGUAUUACGGCUACGGGGGCAACCGGAGGUGUCGACGGAUCGUCUUGAGCUCAUAACUCCUGACGAGUAUGGACUGUUUGGCUAUGAUGAUGUUUUUCAGUAUGUCUCGGACUGCGUUUCAUGUAUUUUGGUCUACGUUUUCGGUGACUGCGGUAAUAGAUCACCAUCUC